AAACAAGACAUCAAUAAUGGAUGGAAUCAAGCGAGUUCCAGUAAAAACUGUAUCCAUGGAACUAAUCAAGCCAUCUUCACCAACACCACACAAACUCCGCCGCUACCCGCUCUCCUCCCUCGACCAACUCUCCCCCUCCGUCGCCAUGCCUCUAGUCCUCUUCUUCCCCAACAACAACUACACUACCAAUACCCAAAUGUGCAACCUUCUCAAGCAAUCCCUGUCCAAAACUCUGACCCAUCAAUUGCUCGUGAUCCGUCCAGUACUACUACUAGUUUUCCUAAAUUCGAUUUCGCGGGGAUAUUCCCUCCCAUCAACCUCCCUGUUGGAUCUGGAUCCGUAGCUCGGCCUGUUUUCAGCGCCAGCACCAUAGCACACCUCAAAGCAAGGUACACAGAAGAGGAAUCCUCCCUAAGGCCGACAAGAAUCGAGGCGCUGUCAGCUUUCAUAUGGACCAGGUUCCUGAAGAUCAACGACAAGAAGAACAAGAACAAGAAGAUGUUCACUGUCUGUCACCCAGUGAAUUUGAGAUCGAGGAUGGACCCACCUCUCCCCGAAAAUGCUUUCGGGAACCUCUUCACGUCGGCUAUAGCUGUCCCCGAUUUGGACGACCAGCUGCAGAUUUUGAGGAAGAUGAGGGAAGGGACGAGGGCUGUGGAUGGCGACGCGGUGAGGAAGCAGCUGCAGCAAGGCGGUCGUGGGUCUGUGGUGAGUUCUCUGAAGGAGAAGGAGGUGAAAGGGGAGGUGGAGUGGGUGCCGUUUGUGUUCACCAGCCUGUGCAGGAUGCCCAUCUACGAGGCUGAUUUCGGAUGGGGGAAGCCCCUGUGGGUCGGCGUAUCGGCCGAGUCGAGCUUCGUCAAUGUGGUGACGUUCGUGGACAGGAAGGAAGGUGGCGGGAUUGAGGCGUGGGUGAACCUGAAGGAGGAAGACAUGGCUGAGUUUGAGGCGGACCAAGAAAUUGCUGCACAUGUUUCUCCAACUGCCCUCAACCUUUAG